UCCAUUGCAAACGCGAUAAGAUCAAUGAAUGGCAUCGAAUGCGGCGCUGGGGAAGCUGAUUUUGGCGGCUACAUUUAGUCUGUUCUUCUACUACGUAUUCUGGGUUGCUGUUCUGCCGUUCAUGGUGAUCGAUGCGAGAGAUGAAAGUUGGAUCUACUCGCUGUUUCCACCGAUGAAGUUUGCAUUCCUCGUACCGGCAUUGUUCGGUGUGGUCCUAGUCGGUGGACUGUCGGUGUUUUCUCUGUACCAUUUACGGGACCAGCUCGGUGUUCGAUUUAUCCGACAACUUUAAUUUAGCGGCGCGGUACAAUGGAGACGUGGCUCGUCAUUGGCAUAUCCGGUGUCACCAACGGGGGCAAAACGACGCUCGCCAAAUCGCUUGAAUCAUACUUUCUGGCCCACCAAAACAAGGUAUUCUUCAAGGAAAAUCUUAUCCUCAACAAGGUCGUUGCACUGUGCCAGGAUGAUUACUUCCUUCCGGUGGAAAGCCCACGGCAUGAGGUAAUCAAGAAGCUUAACCACAUCAACUGGGAGAUACUGUCCUCGCUCGAUAUGGACCGCAUGUGCCAGGACAUCAUGAAGGUGCUCGGGCAAAAGUUUAUCCUGUACAACUGUCACCAGCUGCGGCAGAGCGACGACGAUAGUGAAAUGGGCGAGCAGGUCGAAUCGAUGGACGAGUUCAAUCUGUUUGCCGAUCACUUCCUGAGCAACUUUCUCACCAAAUACGACGAAAACGGAACGGGCGGCAGGACGACGAACAUAAUCAAGAAAUCAAAGAACGAAUCGUACCAAAACAUGAGCAUUAAGAUAAACAUUCUGUUGCUAGAGGGAUUCCUGAUCUUUAACCACUCGUUCACGCGGGAUCUGUGCAACAUGAAGUUCCACAUUCAUCUGCCGUACGAGCGAUGUUACGCACGGCGGCUGCAGCGCGUGUACGAUCCACCGGACGUGGUCGGUUACUUUGAGAUGUGCGUGUGGCCAAUGUACGAGAAGCACUACCGGGAAUUUAAGGGGCGGAAGGACAUUUACGUAUUGAAUGGAGAAAUACCGCAGGAAAGCAUCUGCAACUACGUGUUAAACUGCAUUAAAGACCUGCUGUAGUUUUGAGGGAUGUGAUGGACCCCAUGUGAAUGUGCAGUGCCACCAGCCAGGCGGUAGGUCGCUAGGAUUAAGCUAAUCGAGUACAAGAUCAAUUGUGAACGAUUCCAGUAACGGGUUAUGACGAGUUCCUUAAGCAUGUAAGCCGGCUAAUUUAGGGUAGAUUUUUAAAUGGUAAGCUAUACACCGUUCCCACUAUACAUAAAAACCAGAGCCCAUCAGCAGCUCUUGAAUCAACAGAACAUCCAAACAU